ACCGACAGGGACAACACCAACGCCAAAAUGCCCAAGGAGAUCCGUGACAUCAAGCAGUUCAUCGACAUCGCCCGGAGGAAGGAUGCCAAGGCGGCUCGCAUAAAGAAGAUUGCGUCGCGAGUCCCUGGCGGCAAGACCAAGACCAAGUUCAAGAUCCGGUGCUCUCGCUAUCUCUACACUCUGUCGCUAGACGACCCAGAGAAGGCAGAGAAGCUCCAGCAGAGCUUACCUCCUGGUCUCCACGUCGAGGAAAUCAAGGACACGCCCAAAAAGAAGUAAACAGCGCUCGCCAGUGUGGCUGUUUGACUCGCUCUGCGCUGCUGCCAUCCUAUAGUUAUGGGCCCUCAGGCAUCAGGCGUUACUCAAUGGCGAUGUAUGCUCCUCCAUGAUGACUACCUUAUGCAUGGUAUUCCAUUGUAUCAAUAGCGCACUAUGGGUGGUCCCCUCCGUUCUAUCGCAGAAUGUGAUCAUCCGGAAAACCCCCUCAUGUGGCACCGACGUCGGUCCUGUGACUUUGUCUGUACACAGUAAUCGGAUGUCGUAAC